UAUCGUGCUUUUUCUCCUUCUGUCUCUGUAUCACUUGGUUCAUCUCUGAAGUCAGAGCGACAAAAACAGCAUCCUGCAGUGUCUGGAACAGUCUGCAACCUUAUGAGCCAGACUCAGGGUCAAAGGUCAUCGCAACAGCAAUGGAGUGCUUCAAUGAACUGCUCCUUAAACUGCAGGAGGUUCGCGAAAGAGAAGUGGAGGGUUGGCAAUUGAAAGUCCAAGAGCUGUCCAACAAGAAAGGAUGUGAUACUAAACGAAUGGAGGAACUGUUCACCAGAAACCAGCAGAUGAAGGAACAGCACAGAUUACUCACAGAGAACAUAAAGACACUCGAAAACAGGCUGAGAGCAGGGCUGUGUGACAGGUGUACAGUGACUCAGGAGGUAGCCAGCAGAAGACAGCAGGAAUUUGAAGCGUCACAGAUGCAGAGCUUGCAGCACAUCUCUCGACUGGUGGGAGAGAUGAACAACCUGAAAAGGGAGAACAAGAGAUUCAGAGAUGAAAUCAGGAGUUUGAAAACAGCAAUAGAAGGUCACAGUGAUCACUCCUCAAGCAGCAGCACCUUCACAGAGAUCAAACCAAACAGCUCCCCAGACUUUUUGCCUUCUUCUGGAUCUGAGGCACUCAUCACUGCAGCAACCAGCAGGGCCAGCAACCUGUCAUCAGACAGUGACAUUGGGAAGAAACCCGAAAGGGACCAAAGAACAGAGGAAGCUGAACACAGACAGAUGAGAGGGAUGAGCAGAAGCCACUAUGAGGCAUACAAACCCCUUAUAUUGCCAUCUCUUGCACCGCCACCAUGGAAGGCAGAACACAGUGUGACCCGUGCUGGAGAAAGAAGAGCUCAGAGUAUGGAAGGACUGGACCCGCGAUCCCAAAUCGUUCCUCAAGCUCUCCUUCCUAAAACAGCUUCUUCUCCCACCGGUGAAGUCAUCCCCAGUAGACAUGUGCUCCAUACUCCUGUCCCCUGCCGGCCUCAACCAAUCAAGAGUAGCCCUCUUAGUCUCCCCUGGCCCUUGUCUGAAUCCUCUGAAUGGGUUUCUUUGGCAGCAGCAAGAGCCAGCCAGUUGAUGCAACCUUCUUCAGAACCAAAUCCACCACGCUAUCCCAACCUUAUCCCAAAUAGCCAACAUGCCAGUCCUAGAAGGCCGGCUUUUGGGUCUCCCUGGCCCAAACCAAGCACCAAUCCGCCCCCAGUAAAAGAGCCAACUGUGGUGUUCAGGUUCAGUAAUUUGUCAGACCACCCAGAGGGUCAAAUCAAGCCCCAGGAAAAGAAGGACAUUCAGCCAAUUAAGAAUGAGAGUGUCUCUGGAGAAGUGCAUAAGGAGAUGCAUGAAGGGCCUCUGGACCUUUCAGAUCGAGGAAAAUCUAAAUCCGGCCAAACGCCAAGAGAUGAUUCCCCCUUAAACUUACAAGGUGGAGAGAGAGUACGGAUGAGCCCUGACAAUGCACUGAAAACAAAUACACUUGCACAUGUACCAGUUUCCUCACCUUUAUCUGUCUACCCAUCUUCCUCUUCUAAAUCACCAGUCAAACAACAAGAGGAAGAACCUACUAGUGAGCACAACAACAAGCAGGUAAUCAAAGAUGAGGAGCACAAAGAGGAUGUGAAUGUAAAGACAGACCAGACCAAUGAAAAGAAGGUGCCUGUCCUCACCAUAUCUUUACGUCCAGUGGUAGUGCUGGAGACUCUGAAUUCUGCCCUGCAAAAGAAGGAAUCCAUAUUGUCAAAUGGCAAGUCGUCAUCACCAGCAGCUGAACCAGGAAGCAGUUCAGACGAGGAGGACAAGGAGGGGAUCCAGGGCUGCAAGAGGAAGAGGGCAUCUGUUGAAACGGACUCAGACACAGACAACCUCCAGUACGAAGGAAGCCGAGGAGGGGAGCCCCACCAAAAGAAGAUGACGUCCCAUUGAUUUGGCGAUCACACUGGAACCUGUGUUGAGUGAUGGUUUUGGCCACUUGGGGGCAGUACAACAUGCUGAAAACAGAACUGAGAAACAGACAACAAUGACAAAUCAUCGCCUUAUAAAAUUGAUAGAGGUAGCAGAUUAAGAUUAAGAUGCAUUUAUUAGUCCCAAACACAUGCACAGACAUGCAAAGGCACACUCAUGCAGGUAGGGAAAUUUAACCUCUGCUUUUGACCCAUCUGGUGCAGGACACACAGAGCAGUGAGCGACCAUGUACGGCUCGGGAGCAGAUGUUGGGGGAGUAAGGUGCCUUGCUCAGGGGCACUAGACAGGGUAGGGAGACCCUUGGAUUUUUGGACAGAUCAAUCCAGGUUCGUCUUUUGUUGUCUCUCCGUGGAGUCACACCAGAGACGAACCAGAGACCUUCUCUGCCCAUAGUCCAAGUUUCUGCCACUAGACCACCGCCUCCCAAACACCGUUAAGUUUACUUAUUGAAAAAUGUUGAAUUAGAGGAUGCUAAACAUCUCCAUAUAGUUCAGGAGAGCAAUUAAUUUCACAUUAUACAUACAGAUUUGGUCCACUGUUAAUAAAAUGAUGUUGUGUAUUGUAGCUUUAAUAUAAAACAUAUUGAGUAGAGUAGAUUACAUUUUUUCUUGACAUUUUAAAACAUCAGGGUUCUUUCUUGCAUUACUCAUUUACAUCUGCUCAAGGGUUAAUUAAGGGUGGAACAACAGAUUAUAUUUUUAUAUUCUUUUUAUAAAUUCAAAUGUGGUUAAGACUUUAGUGAGUAUUUAUAUAUUGUAAGUACUUUUCUUAUUAGCUUCUCGUCACUUCCUUUACCAGAAAAAAUUGGAACACACUUUCAAUAUGACAGAGAAACCCCAAAGUUCCCACAAAGUGUAACACUUUGUUAACUGUAGCGAGAAUCAACUCCCUCAUUAACGUGAAGAAACCUCUACCCAUUUACCAUAUAUAAUUGUUGUUGGGUAGUGUCAAAUCUGUAUCCACCAGGUCUGGAUUCAAAGAUACCUGCAGAAUAUGAGAGAGAGAGAGUGAAAUGUCUCUGUUGCCAUAAAGUCUUAUUGAGCCAAUAACCGCCUUGCAGAAUGAAUAAUUAUAUGUUUAAUAUAUUCAAAUGCCACAAAUUGAGCCUUUAAAAAGAGACAGCUGUGCCUACUCCAUGUAGUGUCUGCAAUUAUUGGUCCUGCUAAGAUAUUAAUUUGCUAUUUGGGACAUUCCAGCAUUAAACAGUUCUUUAUUUCAUGUAAGCAUCAUAAUCUGUUGAUUAUUGGGUUUGUGGAUUCAUUGGUGAAAGAAAUACCACCGUAAUGAGAAUGAACCAUUUUAUUUUUAAAUGCCUUUACUCGAGUGACACAUUAACCCUGACCAAGGCUCAAGAGUGGAUGCAAAUGUGCCUGUACCUAAUCAUAGUGUUUAGCAGUUUGUCACUGUUCGGUGAAGAACUGAGAACUACUCAGGCUGAGAAAGUCACACAUUGUGCAAAACGUACCAGCCCAUUUCCCCAAUGUGCAACUCAAGCUCCAUGUAUGACCCACUGAAGACGAGUGCAGAAACCAAAAGACAAAUGGUCAGAUUCAAAUGACAGUGUGAAUCCUGGCCUGUCUCCUCUCAGUUGAGGAUUGCUCUAAUCUUUUCGCCACACAAAUACAACUAGCAUUAUCAGCGCUAUCAUUAUCUAAUUCAACAAUUCAAUGCCAGUAACCAAUGGUUAGAGUUUCCAUUACCAACCAAUCAGUGUUUGGGUCUGUUAAGUCUCCAACACUCAUCACCCACACUAAUUAUACUAUCCUACUAUUUAGAGUUAUUUCACUUAGCCGGCAUUGCAGUCACUGCCUGGCUAUUUUUUGCCACAGAGCCCCCACCACUUCCCUCCUCCACCCUUUCUCUAAGUGAACUAAAAAGAAAAAAAGAAGAGAGAAACCUGUUCCGCUUCCUCUUUUUCAGAAUGCAGAUAUUUUGCAAGUAAUAACUUUCCACCCACAGCUGCAACAGCUUGUCGUAAGCGGGGUGGAUGGAGGAGAUUGAAAGUGUGAAAAGUGACAGAGUCGGUUAAAUAACUUAAAGGGGAUAGUAAUUAAAAUUGACUCUAUAUCUACUCAUCACUAUGCUGAUGGAGGGGUGGGUGAAGUUUUUGUGAACUAUCCCUUUAAACCUUUGUGGCUACAGCACUGUAAGGUCAAUGUGUUCCUUCUUCUGAUAGAUUAAAUAUAUUCUCUCUGAGGAGAUGUCUUAAUUAAUGGGCAGAAUCAGACAAUAUUAACUUGAAAUUAAUUAGAUAUGUCUCUCUUUUCUUUUUCAAAAAUUAGCACUUUUUACUCUCCUGUGUGUGACAACUCCAAUGCGUGCAGUUCUAAUGCAUGUAAAUUGAUUUCUAAUGUUUCUGUCUGUCUCUUUAAAGCCAUUAGAGUCCAUUAAGUACAGUACUUCAAUUGUUCAAUGGUCAAUGUACAAAAUAGCCUUCCAGCCACAUAUCUGUGUUAAUUAAAAUGUGAUUGACUGCAAUACUAAGUCCGUCCUUUUAUGCUAAUCUAUCAAGCUGUGUUGCUGUGUGGUCUCAUCGGAUAUUUUGUGCUCUAAAAUUAUCAAACACACACUUAGAAACCUCUGUUUGAAUGCACUUCAUCUUAUGCUGAAAUAAAAGUUCAUUCUUAAAUGCU